CAGUCUACGGACCUACUCUAACCUAUUUGUUCUCAACCUGACUGUCGCGGACUUUAUCAUGGCUUUAGGAAACAUUCCGAUGUUGGUCAUAUCCAGCUUCUGGGGACACUGGGUAUUCGGGGACGCAGCGUGCAGAACCUACGCCUUCAUUGGCUCAGCGUCAAGUUUUGUUUCCAUCAACACGUUGGCGGUAAUUUCCGUGGACAGGUGCCUUGUAAUCGUACGGACAAUCCCGGGACAUAACAACAUGACUAGGCGAACCUUUAUACUAAUCAUAGCCUCGAUAUGGACGUAUGCGAUACUAUGGGCUGCUGGACCGUUGUUUGGAUUUGGAAAUUACAUUUUGGAAGGCACGAACACUUCUUGUACAUUUGAUUUCUUGACCCGCACCUCCAUCGUACGUGCUUACGUCGUUAGCAUAUUCAUGGCACAUUUUAUCAUUCCAAUAGGCGUUAUUGCCGCGUCUUAUUCCUUGAUAUUCCGAGCGAUUUCGAAAUUCAAACAUGAAUUCCGAGAGGCAACGAAAGUUUUCGGAGAAAAUGAAUUGCCGCUCCAUAUGCGGAAAAGCGACAAGGGGUAUUCGCAUGAAGCGAAAACUGCAAGGGUCACAUUAACAGUUAUUUUAGUUUUCUGCGUUUCCUGGACGCCUUACGCUACAGUUGCCAUGAUUGGGGAAUUCGGCGAUCUUUCAAAAAUAACGAGACUAGCAGCUGGAAUCCCGUGUCUUUUUGCAAAAUGUUCGACCAUAGUGAAUCCUAUAGUAUACGCCUUAGUGCAUCCAAAAUUUAGGUCGAAAUUGAUCAACUUUGGCGCAUGCACGCAAACCGAAGAGGAUAGGCGACAAGAACAAUAUAGGCGAACGGUUGUUCACUUUCGCUCACGAAAACAAUCAUCAGUUUGAAAGUGAACAAGCAAAAACUUAAAUCUUUAAAGAGAAGUAUUAUAGUUUUUAUCAUUUGCUCAUACUAUCCGUGUUGAAACAAGGAAAUUGGAUUGUUGUUUGUGAUAAGUUUUUCCAAAAAACUAUUUUGAUUUCUGUUGUAAUGUCUUGCGUGGUUAUCAUGUCCACAGUGUUCAUAAUCAUUUAUUUUUUGUCAAAGACUAUUGUUGUGCAUAACAUUGACAGUUCGAUGGCGGUAACAUCAGUUUAAUUCAUGUGUGUUUUGUUUUUGGACCGUGUUUUGUACUGUGUAUAAACGCAUGGCAAUAGGUCAGUGGCCUCAAAUGAAUAACGCUAUUUUUCGCUUUUGCGAGGUAUUUGGUGAAAUGUCCUGUUGUGAAAACCACAUUUCAAAUGCCUGUAAUCUACAUAUACAAUCCAGAUAUGGUGUUGGUCGUCUCGCUAGGUGAUGUAGAAGUACUAGUAAGAUGCUGGAUUCAUUUACGGCUACCCGCACAAUUGUUGUGCUUAAACAAAUCGAUAUUUAC